AUGGCCGGGUGGACGGCAACACAAUGGAUUCCCUGGAUGACUCUAAUCUCGACCUGGAUUGACGGGGUCGCCGCCAAUCAACCUCCAUCGAUCUGCCCCACGCCCGAUACCUUGAAACUCGGCGCCCAACUGAUCCAGUGGCCUGUCUGCAUCGAGACACGAUGGGGACUUCAGCGUUCCGAGGUCGAUGCCGCGACUUAUAUCCUUUCCCUGACGCCCUCGGUGGCAGCAGAGGCCGCAUCGGUGACCGUGUUGGCGUCCUCUUCGAGUCAUGAGGCGGCCACGAGUCCCACCUCGGCGGACGAGCAACAACAACAACAACAACAACAGCAGCAGCAGCAGCGGCACCGGUCCGACCAGGAGCUCGACACGGAUUCUCCGCUCGACAAUGCGAAGUUCCUGUCCUUCGAAGACUGGAAGAAGCAGAAUUUGGCUAAGGUGGGACAGUCCGUGGAGAAUGUGGGCGGGAGUCGCCGUGGUGGCGUGGCCCAGGGCAAGGAGGACCGGCGACGGCCCACGGGGAUCAACAAUGCGCUGGACUCGCUAGGUGACGACGCGGAGAUUGAGCUGGAUUUUGGGGGCUUCGGCGCAGAUACGACGCCCGAGGCGACGCGGCCCACGGCGUGGACUGCGAUGGUCUCGUCCUCCACCGAGGCGCGAGGCGAGCGGAUACCGGGGGCCGGACACGAGGCCGGCGCUGAUGGUGGGCCGGCGCAGGGCAUGCCCCAGGCCGGGGUAUCUCGCUCCAAGGAUGCGGGGACGACCUGCAAAGAACGGUUCAACUACGCGUCCUUUGACUGCGCGGCGACGGUGCUCAAGACGAACCCGGAGUGCAGCGGGUCGUCGUCCGUGCUCAUUGAGAACAAGGACAGCUACAUGCUGAAUGAGUGCCGGGCGAAGAACAAAUUCCUGAUCCUGGAGCUGUGCGACGACAUCCUGGUGGACACCGUCGUGCUCGCCAACUACGAGUUCUUCAGCUCCAUCUUCCACACGUUCCGGGUCAGCGUCUCGGAUCGAUACCCCGCCAAAUUGGACCAGUGGCGCGAGUUGGGGGUCUACGAGGCCCGCAAUACGCGGGAGGUGCAGGCUUUUGCGGUCGAAAAUCCGCUCAUCUGGGCGCGGUAUGUGAAGAUUGAGUUUCUCACGCACUACGGGAACGAGUUCUUCUGUCCGUUGAGCUUGAUUCGUAUCCAUGGAACCACGAUGUUGGAGGAAUACAAGCAUGAUGGGGAGGCUAGUCCCGCAGAUGAUGACGAGGAGGAGAUACCCGAAGAAUCAACGGUGCCGGCUCCUAUGGCGCCGGAUUUCGAGGCUACAGUUACGGCUGAGGAAGCGCCUACUCCAGCGACUGCUGAGCCGGUCGACACGGUGUCGACCGGCGUCUCGGAAGAUGAGGCUUGUCGCCAGUCUGGGUCGGACAUGGAUGUGCCAGAGCUGCGUGAGCUUCUGGGGCUUCUUGAUACCUGUGACGACCAAGAAGCACCAGCGACUAGUGCUGGACCUGCAGUGGAAGCCCAGCCCCAGCCCUACCGAUCUGUGUCAAACGAAGCGUCUCCAUCCCAGGCGCAAGGUACCGUGGCUUCGGGAAAAGGCAAGGAAGCUUUGUCCGGAGAGCCAGGAGAACAAAAGGUGACGAUUGCGGCGGGAUCAACUACAACGGACUCAUCAUCAUCCUCAAUGACUGUUGCGAACUCCGAGACUGCAUCCCCUAACGCCGUAACGGAAGCGGACAACAAGUCUACUGUGCUACCAAAGGAUGAACCCAGCAGUAUAGCGGAACCGACCAGGUCGAGUAUGACCCAGCCACCGUCGGCAAACCCAACUACGCAAGAGUCCUUUUUCAAGUCAGUGCACAAACGACUUCAGAUGCUAGAGUCCAACUCCAGUCUCUCGCUUCAGUACAUCGAAGAACAAUCACGAAUCCUGCGCGACGCCUUUGACAAGGUCGAGAAGCGGCAGCUGACGAAGACGUCGACAUUUCUGGAGGGCUUGAAUGUGACCGUGUUGAAUGAGCUGAAGCAGGUUCGAGAUCAAUACGAUCAGGUGUGGAAGAGCGUGGCGUUGGAGUUUGAGCAUCAGCGCAUUCAGUAUCACCAAGAAAUCCAUUCGCUCAGUUCGCAGCUGGGCGUGCUGGCGGACGAGCUGGUGUUUCAGAAACGCGUGGCGGUUAUCCAGAGCAUGAUGAUUCUCUUCUGCUUUGGGCUGGUACUCUUUGCGCGGGGCACCGCGAGUGGGUACAUUGAGAUUCCUCGUGUGCAGAACAUGGUCACGCGAUCGUACAGUCUGCGCUCUUCCUCGUCGCCGUCCCCUCCGUACGGCUCUCCGAUGGUGAGCCCGACGUCAACGCGUGCGACGUCUUCUUGCCGACGCACCGGCGGCGGCCAUCGACGGAACCUGUCUGAAGACUCGCAGGACGAGCUUCUCAGCCCAACGCUGGCGUACUCGCCGCCCACGCCCGUUUCCGAUGCGCUGAGUUCGGCCGAAGAUGAGGAUCCGGAACAGCGAAGAGGGAGUACCCUGGAAUUGCCGGAGGUGGUUCCACCGGUGCAGCGAUCGCGUAGCAGCCCACCUGAUCUCCCGCAACUUCCUCUCCAACGCGUUUAUCAGACAACCCAGAUCUCUCCUAACCCACUUCCUCCACAACACCCACCCACCAUUACCGCCAUGGACGCUCAACCCUUGACCGACCGCUCCACCAACACGCACUUGGGCACUGCCGAGGAGACCGGCAAGCCGAUGAACUCGAUGGACUACCACCGCCAGAAGCUGCAGGGCAAGUUGGCCAGCGGAGAAAGUAACCAAGCCAGCUACGUGUCGCCCUCGGACGAACUCAUGAGCCCUUGCUCGAAGAAGCUGAGCGACCUGAAGGGCAAGCGCUUCAAGAAAGAAGAACCACGCCAUCAACAAUGCCCGCCUCCACACGCAUCCCCCCCAUCGCCCUCCCCUUCACUGCUAACACACCACAAACAGGUCGAAGAAUUCGUCGAGAAGGACUGCAUCCCCGCCGAGGCCGUCUUCCAGGCCCAACUGGGCCAGGGCGAGCAGCGAUGGACCACCCACCCGGCCGUCAUGGAGACCCUGAAGGCCCGCGCCCAGCAGCUCGGCCUGUGGAACAUGUUCCUGCCCAAGAACCACUUCGCCCAGGGCGCCGGCUUCUCGAAUCUGGAGUACGGGCUCAUGGCCGAGUAUUUGGGAAAGAGUCUGAUUGCUUCCGAGGCAACGAACAACGCCGCCCCGGACACGGGCAACAUGGAGGUCCUGGCCAAGUACGGCAACGAGGCGCAGAAGCAGCAAUGGUUGACGCCGCUGCUGGAAGGCCGGAUUCGGUCUGCGUUUCUGAUGACCGAGCCGGAGGUGGCGUCGAGCGAUGCCACGAAUAUCCAGCUGAAUAUUCGGAGGGAAGGGGAUGAGUAUGUCUUGAAUGGAUCGAAAUGGUGGUCCUCCGGCGCCGGCGACCCCCGCUGCGCCAUCUACCUGGUGAUGGGCAAAUCCGCGCCCGACCACCCGGACCCCUACAAGCAGCAAUCCGUGAUCCUGGUGCCGGCGCACACGCCGGGGAUCACGGUGCACCGGAUGCUGACGGUGUACGGGUACGACGACGCGCCGCACGGCCACGGGCACAUCAGCUUCGAGAACGUGCGGGUGCCCGCGGCCAACCUGGUGCUGGGCGAGGGCCGCGGGUUCGAGAUCAUCCAGGGCCGGCUGGGGCCGGGCCGCAUCCACCACGCGAUGCGCACGAUCGGCGCCGCCGAGAAGGCGCUGGAGUGGCUGAUCGCGCGCAUCAACGACGACCGCAAGCAGACCUUCGGCCGACCCCUGGCCAGCCACGGCGUCAUCCUCGAGUGGGUCGCCCGCUCGCGCAUCGAGAUCGAAGCCGCCCGCCUCGUCGUCCUCAACGCCGCCAUCAAGACCGACCUCGGCGACGCCAAGUCCGCCCUCCGCGAGAUCGCCCAGGCCAAGGUUCUCGUCCCCCAGACCGCCCUCGCCGUCAUCGACCGCGCCGUCCAGGCCUACGGCGCCGCCGGCGUCUGCCAGGAUACCCCCCUCGCCUACAUGUGGGCCCUGAUCCGGACGCUGCGCAUCGCCGACGGGCCCGACGAGGUGCAUCUGCAGCAGCUCGGGAAGCGCGAGAACCGCGACCGCAAGGCCGAUAUCCGCCAGAAGUUGGACUGGCAGCGCGGCGAGGGCGAGAGGUUGUUGAGCCAGUCCGGGUUGAAGAUUAAGGGCCGGUUGUAG